CUUGUGUCCUUCGAGGAGGUGGCUGUGUAUUUCUCCAAGGAGGAGCGGUCUCAGCUGGAUCCUCACCAGAAAGCGCUGCAUUGGGAAGUCAUACUGGAAAAUUAUCACAACGUGGUCUCUAUGGGUGACCAUGGCUAUAAGAAUAAAGAUUCCAGUGAAAAAAUCGAAGUGAUCAGGCAUGGAGGAAGAAUGGACAAGAAACUAGAGAUGCAACUAGAGAAGCAUGAGAGAAACAACUCAAAACAUUGGAAUCAGGAAAACCCAUCUUCCAUGGAUGCUGAGACGCAAGGCUUUCUUGCCCAACCAGGAAAAAUAAAGGAAAGGUACAUGGGAAAAAGUGUAAGACUAUUAAAAGACAAAUUAGUGGAAAAUGAACACUCUCCAACCCAAAUCAAGGGAGAAACCAUAUAA